AUGGCCUACACCACCUCCCAACAGGCCCAAGUUGUAGGUGGGGGUAAGAAGACACAAGCCUUGAGAAUUAUUUUUUCUUCUGAGGGCAAUGAACUUCUAGACACCUGCUCAUUUGGUAAUAAACACCUCACCACAAGAUGUGUAGAUGAAAAGAGAGAUCCAUACAAUAUGUUACCUCUGUUGGAAUUAGAAGAUGGAUUUAUGCUUUCUGAGAUUAAUAUAGAUUCUAAGCUACUAAUUCAUACAUCAUCUUGUGCACCAAAAUAUACUGAGGUGUCUUGUGUAUCUGAACGUACUGAAGUGCCUUGCUUACCACAAGAUGGAAAGGUGAUUUUCAUACUAGAAGAUCCUAAAGUGCCUUGGGUGCCAAAAACUCCUCUGCCUUGUAUGUGUUUAGAUCAGAGUUCUUGGGACUGUCUGCAAAAGGAUACGGAGGGUCUCCCACCAUCAUUUCCAGAGGCUCCUCAGGUGUUUUGGGUACAAGAACAGACUAAGGCACCUUCUCCAGAAGAUAAAUCCAUCUGCCGUAGAGCUUCACACCACUUGAGAAAGGUUCACUGUGCUAACGGCCACACUCUUCAAUCUAAAAUGUUCAGUAAGCAUGCUAAUUGUGCUGUCUGCUCAGACCCCAUGAGGGGAUUAGGACACAAGGCAUACAAAUGUAUGCACUGUAAAAUUUUAGUUCAUAAGAAGUGCCAUACACUCGUCAGAGUUCCAUGCAAGCACCGUACUUUGCAUGAUGAAUGCAUAAUGCCAAUAAACCAAGUUUCCAUGGCUUUACAUCCCAAACAGGAAGUAGUCUCAUCAAAUAUUAAAAGUCAUGUGGGUAUGCAAGAAAUAGAUGAUAAGAAUGAGACAAAUAAUAGCAAGGAAAGUGGCAGGCCUUUGUGCUCUUCUGCUCUUAAAGACUUUGACUUUCUCCAUGUCCUCGGGAGAGGAAGCUAUGGUAAAGUUUUACUAGUUUGGUGUAAAAAAACAGAUCACCUGUAUGCCAUGAAAGUGGUGAGAAAGGACGAUGAAAACCUUAUUCAUCUCCAGGUAGAAAAGCAAAUAUUGGAGACCUUGAACCACCCUUAUCUGGUUGGCCUGCAUUCCUGCAUUAAGACACCAACCAGAUUUUUCUUUAUCCUGGAUUACAUCAAUGGAGGGGACCUGACUAACCAUAUGCAAUGGUUUGGAAUCUUUCCUGAAGCACAUGUGAGAUUCUACUCCGGAGAGAUCUCCUUAGCUCUCCAGUUUCUUCAUGAGCGUGAGAUAUUACACAGGGAUCUGAAGUUGGAGAACUUGUUACUAGAUGUGGACAGACACAUUAAAAUUACAGAUUACGACUUAUGUAAGGCAGGACUGAAGGCAUGCGAUAAGACUUUCUGUGGCACACUCAGUUAUCUAGCUCCAGAAAUUGUCAGAGGCCAAAGCUAUGGUUUCAGUGUGGACUGGUGGAAUCUUGGAACAGUAAUGUUCGAAAUUAUGGUGGGAGAGCCUCCAUAUCCUUUUGCAGACAGUCCCAAGAACUCUGAUCUAAACACAUACAAUGUCUUGCAAUCUACGUUAGAAAGAGAAGUUCACAUUCCACAUCACCUGUCUAUCGAAGCCAGAAGCAUCCUCAAGGGUCUUCUGAAGAAGGAGCCAGAGGUAAGAUUGGGCUGUCACCCUCAGAGAGGAUUCAUCGAUAUUAAAGAGCAUCCAUUCUUUAACAAUCUGGACUGGAACAUGAUGGAAAAAAAGCAAGUGCCUCCUCCCUUUAAGCCAAGUAUUGGUAUAGAAUUCGGGAUAGAAAACUUUGACCCUGAAUUUACCAACAAACCUGUCCAGCUCAUGCCUGAUAACAGUUACUUUGUGAACAGCAUAGAUGAAUUCGGGCUUUGA